AUGGGACAGUUACUUGCACAGACGAUUUAAGUUAGUUUAAAAACCAAGGCGAAUCCACUGUAGAUUUAUUGAUUAUGAGUAACGUGGGCGUAGUAAGGUGAACCAAGAAUCAAGGAGCUGCAAAGGUUUGUUCGAUGAAAAUGAAGAGUGGAUGGCCAAGCAGCGGAAAAUCUAUCACCAUCGUUGCAAUUAUCGUCACGUUAUUACUAACAGUCGCCGUACCCAGCACCAGUGUAUCCAACAAAGGUCCUACCAUGCAGGGAAAUAAUAAACUGCAUAACAGCACCAGUGAAGAAGAGUUCAAUGCGACCGCAGUCGGUGCUGGAAACUUCGAAAUUCAGUUGGUUUCGUUUCAAAACAUCGCAGGGAGGUUACGGAACGGCGAUUGUUGUGAUGGGAGUCCUACAAUAUAUGGAAACCGUCGCCAUUGCCAAGACCCUUGUGAAACGUUCUUCAAAAUUUGCCUCAAACAAUACGGACAGUCUGCAAAAGCAAAUGAAGCCUGUUCCUUCGGACAGUACACGACUAAAGUUCUAGGAGGAAAUUCAUUUGCAAGCUCAAGCAGUGCAGARAACAUAUUCUCUAUCCGUUUCACGUUUUCAUGGCUGACUACAUAUCAACUGGUUUUGAGGGCGCAUGAUGCAGAUAACUCAAGUAGUCAAUUAAUAGAUCAAGCAACUCACCAAGGGGUUAUUCUUCCAAAUAAAACAUGGGAAGCACACAGCUACAAUGGUCCCACUGCAACCAUAGAGUACAAGUUAAGAGUGGUGUGUGAUACAUUUUAUUAUGGACAAGGCUGCAACAAGCUAUGCAAGCCUAGGGAUGAUAAAUUUGGACAUUAUAAAUGUGAUAAACAGGGAAAUAAAAUUUGUAUGGCAGGAUGGAGAGGAGAGCUCUGCGACAUAGCCAUAUGUAGAAAAGGAUGUGAUCCAGAACAUGGAAAGUGUUCCACUCCUGGCACUUGCAAAUGUGAUUAUGGCUGGGAAGGACCUUUAUGUGAUCAAUGCAAAAUAUACCCUGGCUGCGUACAUGGAACAUGCUCAAUUCCAUGGCAGUGCAACUGUAAGAAUCGCUGGGGAGGCCUUCUUUGUGACAGAGAUCUGGAUUAUUGCCGUAAGUUACCAUGCAGAAAUGGUGGCACAUGUUUCAACAUUGGGCCCGAUAGACACAGAUGUGAAUGCCUACCAGGGUAUACUGGACUCAACUGUGAAACAAAGAUUGACAGCUGUGCAACAAAUCCUUGCCAGCAUAAUGGGACAUGUACCAAUGAUGGCAUUGGAUUUCACUGUACUUGUACAUCAGAGUGGGAAGGAAGAACUUGUCAAAUAAGUAAAGACUGUAAUAGCAUGCCCUGCCAAAAUGGAGGUACCUGCAUUAAUGCUCAGCCUGGUUUUCAGUGCAAGUGCAAAUCAGGAUGGGAGGGGUCUCAGUGCGAGAAAAAUAUCAAUGAAUGUGCUGCCUCACCAUGUGUUAAUGGAAGGAAGUGCAUAGAUUUGGUGAAUGAUUAUGCAUGUGAGUGUCAAACUGGAUGGAAGGGAAGGAACUGUGAUGAAAACGUCAAUGAUUGUGCUGGGCAGUGCAAGAACAACGGCACAUGCGUAGACAAAACUAACGAUUACAGGUGUAACUGCCCAGAAGGUUUUACUGGAAAAAACUGUGAGGUCAUUAAAGAUUACUGCCAAAGCAACCCUUGCCUUAACGGUGGCAUUUGUAAGGGCGUUGUCCAUGAUUAUCAGUGCGUAUGCCCUGUUGGCUUUCAAGGAACUAAUUGUCAGUUCCGUGUCAACGAAUGCUUUCCAAACCCCUGCAAACACGGACAUUGCAGAGAUCUUAUCGGUGAUUACAAGUGUAUCUGCAGCUCUGGUUUCACAGGAAGAAAUUGUACUGAAGUGUUAUCCGGUGACAGUACUUGUAACCCAGACYCAUGUUUUCAUGGUGCAACCUGCAUCAAGCUAUCCAGUAAAAGCAGCCAGUGCAAAUGUGCUCCUGGAUACACUGGAGCCUUUUGUGAGACCAAUAUCAAUGAGUGUUUAUCAUCACCUUGUAAAAACGGCGCUAAUUGUAUCGAUAUGGUCAAUGGAUUCAAGUGCGUCUGUCAACCAGGUUUCACUGGUCCGCUUUGUAUCGACGAUAUCAACGAGUGCGCAUCAUCUCCCUGUCAUUCCUCGGCAACGUGUAUCGAUAAGGUCAAUGAUUAUCAGUGUCGGUGUGCACCGGGGUAUACGGGAGUCAACUGUGAUCAUAAUGUUGAUGAUUGUGGUCGUAAUAACCCUUGCAGGAACGGAGGAACCUGUGUUGACGAGGUCAACGGAUACAUCUGUAAAUGCAGACCUGAAUUCAGCGGUACACAGUGCGAAGUUGCUGUUAAUAAGUGUCAGAGCAACCCAUGUCUUAACAAUGGUAGCUGCAUUCAAGGUCUUGGUAUCUCUAUAUGUACAUGCCCUUUGGGUUUUACUGGUCAGAGGUGCGAGAUCGCACUAAAUGCCUGUGACUCUGCUCCUUGCUAUGGUGCUAGUACCUGCAUCCCCGAUGUCAAUGAUUACAAAUGCGUGUGCCCUGUAGGAUACACUGGAAGAAACUGCGAAGUCAGGAUCAAUCAUUGCAGUAAAAUCCGUUGUCAGAAUGGAGGAACCUGCGCUAAUGGUCCGUACAAAGCAACGUGUAUAUGUGAAGCAGGAUACACUGGAGACAAGUGCGAGAUAGAUAUCAACGAAUGCGAUUCACAUCCUUGUCAACAUGGUGGUAAAUGCUUCGAUCGGGUUAACAGUUUUUUUUGUAGCUGCCCUACCGGGACAAGAGGACAUUUUUGCGAGCAAGUGAUGGACUCAUGCAAGAUCGCCGUUCUUAGAAACGGCACCUCAAGUGAGUUAGUUGACUCUAAAGUAUGUGGUGACCAUGGAACAUGUCAGAACAUCGAUGGCGGCGAUUUUAAAUGCAACUGCGAUCAAGGAUUCACUGGCAACCAUUGUCACAUCAAUGUUGAUGACUGUGUAAAUCACCAGUGUCGUAAUGGAGGAACCUGCCUUGAUGGAAUUGGCUCUUAUAAGUGUAUUUGUAAGAACGGAUGGGAAGGUCGCUUCUGCGAAACAAAUUUUGACGACUGCAAAAGUGCUCCUUGCAACAACAAUGGAACGUGCACAGAUCUUGUCAACGAUUUUGUCUGCAGCUGCCCUCCACAGUGGAAAGGCAAAACGUGUAGCUCAAGUAACUCCAGCUGUGAGGUGAAUCCAUGUAACAACGGUGGUACCUGUAAAGAGAUCGGGAACAAUUUCCACUGUUUGUGUCAAAAGGGAUUCAGUGGGCGAACGUGUCAGCUAGAUUUUGGCAAGUGUUACUCAAGUCCUUGUAAGAAUGGUGGAACCUGUAUUGAUAUGGCUGGUGGUCAGGUGUCUUGUAGCUGUAAGAAUGGCUGGGAAGGCUACUAUUGUGAGAAAAAUAUUGAUGACUGCGCAACAACCCCAUGUUAUAAUGGUGGUACAUGUGUGGAUAAAGUUGGCUUCAGAGUGUGYUCCUGUGCUCCUGGUUUCUCGGGUCCUGACUGUAGGAUCAACAUAGAUGAAUGUGCAUCCUCCCCUUGUUUAGCAGGUGCUAAGUGUAUCGAUCUGUUCGGUGGCUUCAAAUGCCAGUGUCCGCCAGAGAAGAUUGGCUUGAGAUGUGAAGCUGAUGACCCUUACCUAUGCAAGGAAGGUGAUAAAACGUACUUACAUAACACUACAACAAAAGAGGACUGCAAUACAUGUAUAUGCUACAAAGGAACGCGAACAUGUACAAAGGUGGACUGUGGACCGCGGAAUUGCAAUAGUAGUAAUCCUUUUGAUACUUCGGCGUGUGACGACGGUGAUGUCUGUAAACCCAAACAGACUAAUUGUCUCAAGCCACCAUGUGCUCAAUAUGGAGUCUGCUCGGGAGUCACCAGUACGUCUAUUGGUGACGAGCGAGGGAUUAUAAGAGACGACUUUUGUUUGCCAAACUCCACUGAUCUUAGUGGAGACUGCGCAAAGAUUAACAUCUUGUUUAACUUGCAGAAAAUACCAGAGGGUACGAUAAUGGAAGAGUUCUGUCGUCAAUUGCGUUAUCUGCCGUUAUUACGAAAAUAUUCAUUAAAGGCUCAUAUCCGUUUACUCUGUGGUGGAAAAUGGCCAGAACAGCCUGUCAUACAGCAGGACACUAAAACUGUUGUUGUUUCAGUGGCUAGCUCUUCAAAAUCGGGAGUGGCUGAGAAGGCAGCUGUUGAUAUCGCGAGGUUUAUCCGAUCGCCACCUAAUGAUCGUUCUGGAAUCAACGUCACUCUGUACAAAGUAUUAAUAGCUGUAAGAGAAGUGUCCGUGGAACGAUCUGUCACUCUUUCCUUUCACAAAGAUAAAGAAACGGAAGCACCUACGUACUUAAUCCCUGUGAUAGCGUCUCUGGUUGUACUGGCUGCAAUACUUUUACUUAUAUUAUGCAURCGAGGCAAAUGGCGGGACAGAAAGCAAAGAGAAGAUGGACUAACACUGCUGACCAAGAAACGAAAUCGUCCCCUCGAAAAAGUCACGAGUAAUGGUAGGAAAUACUAUAAUCAAACAUCAUCAGAUUCAUCAUCAUCAGCUCACUCAUCAUCAACACACUCCACAGAAUUAAGAAACUUUGAUUACAACAGAGCAAGUUUACUCGAAUCCACUUCGACUUGCUCUAUCCCACCUGUUCUCUCCCCACCCCUAUCCCCUAGGGAAGAAGGGGCUAAAGACGAAUGGCGGAGAUUUCAGGUUCGCCGAAAUAGUACACAAAUAGAAAUAAUUGUAUAGUUUAAUCUCAUAUAGAAAAUAUACUUACAUAGAGUAUACCAUAGCAAUUGUAGAAAGAAUAUUCGAGAAUAUUAAUAUUAUGAACAAAGUAAAUAAUGACAUUAUGCAGAAUUCAGAUUUUUCUAAAUAUGAAUCGAAUUGCUCGACUUUUCGAAGGUGAGAGGAAGACUGGUAACAAACUCUUGCAACAUUGAAUUAUGGGUAAAAAGGAUGUCAGCCCCAUAAUUCCAUUUGCUACGGGUCAUCACCAGCGUCCUUUCAACUUUGGAAAAAGAAAUCGUGCCUAUUAAUGUUGAGCUCCAAGGGUAGAAACAAGGGGGCAGACCCAUAGUCAACUUUCGUUAUUCUGGUUGAAUGAUCAAGCACAAAACAAUCUGGGUCGAGGCUCCGGCGAAACAAAAUUAUCAUAAUUACGAUUACAUUGUUGUUUCCCUAAAAACUUGAUUCGGAUUGCUUUGUGCUUGAACACUCGACCAGAAUGUCAAAUUUCCCACCGUUAGAACCUCGCCAGCCCACCCCGGUAGUGACGUAUUUAAGCCCCCCCCCCUCCUCCUCUCCCCCCAAACCUAGAGCUCAACAUUGAUAGGUACAUUAGUAUCUUGUCGUUAAGGUAAAGCAUGGUUAUUCGUUUAUAGUCGUGGUUGCAUAAUUUGAAUGUUAUCUUUAAAUUAGUAGUAAUUUAUUUGAUAGCAUGUAUGGUGCGUGUCUCUCUCUAGGUUGUUUCUGCAUGGUCAGUUAAAUUUAUUUAUAAAUGUUUUUUUUAAGAAAUCUGUAUAUAUGUAAAUGUAUUAAUAUUAUUUAAUAUUUAAAUGCCGUGUAGUUCACGUUGGACCACCAGACGUUCACGUACUUGUAUGUACGAUCACCACUUUACAGUUAAAUUACCUUAUUACAGAGGUCUACUUUUGUUCUCCUGACAAACGUCAGGACAAUCUAACCUCGUUGGGUAUUUUUAACAAAUUUUAGGUAUUUCAAAGAUUUAAUUAGGUUAUAUUUGAUUACUGCUGUAUUUGGAAUCAAAUACCUCACAUCGAGGCUCGAAGGGUUUGUCAUAUGAACCUUAAACCUCGGUUUCAAGUAGAGAAGAAAUGCUUCGUAUCGAGGUUUAAUUCAUGUAAUAUGUACUUCUGGCCUUGGCAUGACGUAUUUCAUUCUGCUAUGAAUCAACUCAAAAUAGCGUAGAAAGACCUAUAUACACAUAUUCUGUAUAACUUUAAACCUAAAAAUCGUGUUAAAACUACUUAAAGUUCUGUUUAAGCCUUACCCGGUAGUCCUUGCAUUAAACUGGGUCGUCAUGGCCCCUAUUUGGUGCGCGUAACCAUAAUUAAUACCAUCCUAGCUUUUGAUGACGAUAAAAAGAUAAARACAACCCGUACAGGUCUAUAUUUCCGGUAACCAAUGUAACAAUGAGAUCCAUUUUGUAAAUUUCAAUUUUGUAGCAAUAUAGUUUUGUAAAAAAUAUUCAAUUAAUAAUUGAGCUGUAGAAUCGAGACGGUCGUUCGUUUGACCGACUGAGGACGUAUAAUCCUUGUGAAGAUUAGAAAAAAAUCCUUAAAAAAUAUUAUUUUCUAUAUGAACUUGUUAAUCGCGAUGUUAAACUUUUUUAAAGUUAAAAUUUAAAAUCUUAAUGAAGUCAGAUAGUUUUAGAGUAUUUUUGUAUACGAGUCCAGCUUUCGUGGCUGUUUUAAUAUGACGAUUAUUUCGUUUGGUUUCGUGUCCGUAACAUAUAAUGCUAAUAGUCGUUACUUUAGUUUAUCAUCGCGCAGCAAGCUUAACGUUGAGCUAUUUUUAUUACCAAUGAAAGUAAUGGAGAACAGAAUUUUUACUUGGGUUGCCUGUGGCAUACAUCAAGUUUUUGCCACAGGGAUCCCAACUUGAUACCCCAUACUCCUCGCACAUGGGCAUUUAUUCAAGUAGGGGGUGUAAUCCCCCUAUUAAUCUAGGUUAAGGUUACUAACGUCUGGUUUUGCAUUCGAUACCUCUUGUGUUUUACUCUCAUUGAAAAUGAAAAUAGUGAAUAAGCUCUAUUAAUUAUGUACAGCGAGCUUACAUGCAUAAUAUUUAGAAUACAUUUAACGUGUAACAGACGAUAUGGAAUAGCACGGCACUUGAUCAUUUUCCGCUAAAUUUUUCAGAUUGUUUACUUUGCUAGAUUUCUUUUCAAAUGGUCCAAAUUUGUCGUUGUGGCGGGAAAAUGGUCACGUGUCAUGUGAGAAGCAUAUCGCUCAUUCGCUGGCAUCCCAAGCAUGCUUUAGAAAAACUCGCUUUAUAUAACGUUUGUAGAAUAGCCAGUUGUUGAAACACUUCUGGCGUUAGUUUAUUGUAGGCAAACGGGUUCAGCUGCAUAUUUAAAGGUGCGGUAUACAAUUUUAAGUGUUUCUAACACAUACGAUUUGCAUUGGUAAAGUCUGGCAUCUAAAAUGGUGCAAAUUUAAUGUUACUAGCAAUAUGGAACUAGGAAUGCGUGCGUGCGCAUCUUAAAGUGCAUAUGACACGAAAACAUUUUAAUGUUAAAAAUGUGUAUUCUAUUGGCAUGAAUAAGAAUAUCACAGUUAAAUUUGUUUCAAAAACGUAUUUCUCUAGAAAUUCAAGAAAAUUUAGCACAUGUUGUGACGUCAUUUUGUUUACAAGUCUCCAGAUUUAGUUGCAAAUACACGAAAUUUGUUUGAAUGCAGAAUCUUAAAUUCGGGUAGUACACUUUUCAGUUUCCCACCAUUUGAAGAGUAUUUCGUAAGCUAUCAAAUGAAGCUGAAUAGAAUAUGCCUUUUGUUGUUAUUUUAUAAGAAUUACAAUUUAUGUUUAGUGCAUUUCUACCGAAUCUAGAGUACGUGUCAACAAAAUGACGUCACAAAUUGGGCUUAAUUUUCUCAAAUAUCUCAAGAAAUAAGCUUUUGAAACAAAUUUUAUUACGACAUAUUUAUYAUUAUUAACAAACUAUACAUUUUAAACGAUGAAAUGUUUUCGUGUCAUAUACACUUUAAAGAGUGGUUGCAAAAUCAAAGAAAGCUGUAAUAUAGCCCUUUACCUACAGUCUACACUUUGAUUUUGUGUCCCCUCAAUAGGCCAUGUCCGAGAUAUUAAAAUUCUAGCACGAUACAGAGAGUCUCCUAUUUUUAAAAUAGCAUUAAACAUACAAAAAGAUCAGUGCUAGAUCAGAUAUUGUGCUGUAUAUUUCAUUUCAACGUUACUGACUAGCAUUUCUACCAAAAUUUCGUGGGAACGCGGUAUAUGAUUAUUAUUUUAUUCCUACCAAUAAAUGAAUUUGGUGACCCACGUGUUUAUACCAUACAAGAAGUAUCUUAGGACUAAAGCCUCGCAAUCAAAGCUGAAUUUCAAGAUAUCAAACGUGGCCUAUAGUUUAGAUCCGAAUGAGUGCGCAUGCGCACGCAGCUCUGACUGAGAAAAAAGGUCAGUAAUUAAAGACAGACACUGAAAAUGUAUUGGUACGUAUUUAAAAUCAAAGUUGGUAGCCCGGCAUAAAAAUGAAUAUUAAGUCAUUGAUGCCGGCGUUGUAGAGACCUUUUGCGCAAAAUCACGGAUAUGAAUAUUAAGUUAGUCUCGCGUCGUAAAGACCUUUGGCGCGAAAACUCGGAUUCUUCUCCAGAGGGUCAAUAGUCAGUGCUAUCGUAAGCAUAUAAAUAUAAUAUCUUAAAUAUAAGUAUUUAACGAGAAGUUCUAAUGUAUGGUUAUAAGAACAGGAGUGUUGUACAGGAGUCUGUAAUAUUAUGCACAGCCAGCAGCUAACUGCGGGGCAAAUGUGAAAUGUAAUGCACCAUUAGUCCAUCUGCAUAUCCAAAUCCUUCACAGCCAUAAAAUAUCGACAAAUAUUAAAUAAACGAAAACAAAUCUGU